CCUGUGCGCUGUAAUCGUCCAAACUCUCGGCGACGUCAACGAAGGGAGCCCGGAAACCAGUCUCGUCGUAGCAAGUCGACGCAGCUCAUCACCAUACUCAACGUGUUUUGGGAUGGAUGGCACUCUGGUCUUAUGGAUGCUGAUUGUUUCGCUCUUUAAACAGGCCCAUCAUGUCGUCAAAACUUCCCGCUUGCUUCAGCGCUACCGAAGAGGAGAUCCAGCUCCUCCUUGCUGCCCAAUGCCACAUCGGCACCAAAAAUUGCGAUAAGCAGAUGGAGCCUUACGUCUGGAAACGGAGGAUCGAUGGCAUCCAUCUCCUCAACAUUGGCAAGACCUGGGAGAAGAUCGUUUUCGCCGCUCGUGUCAUCGCCGCUGUUGAGAACCCCAACGACAUUGUUGCCAUUUCUGCCCGGCCGUACGGUCAACGUGCUGUCCUGAAGUUCGCCGCCAACACCGGUGCCCAGGCUAUUGCUGGCCGCUUCACUCCUGGUAGCUUCACCAACUACAUCACGCGCUCGUUCAAGGAGCCUCGCCUUAUCAUCGUCACCGACCCUCGCGUCGACCACCAGGCUAUCCGUGAGGCUUCCUACGUCAACAUCCCCGUCAUCGCCCUUUGCGACACCGACGCUCCCCUCAAGUUCGUCGAUGUUGCUAUCCCUACCAACAACAAGACCCGCCACUCGAUCGGUCUCGUCUGGUGGCUCCUUGCCCGUGAGGUCCUCCGUCUCCGUGGCACCAUCCCCCGUACCUCGGACGGCUGGAAUGUCAUGGUUGACAUGUUCUUCUACCGCGACCCCGAGGAAGUCGAGAGGCAGCAACAGGAGGAGGCUCAGGCCAAGGCCGUUACUGCCGCAGAGCCCGAGGCCCCUGCAGAAUGGGACGUGUCUUCGGCACCCCAAGCUGGCGCCAUCAACCCUGGUCUUGUCGCCACCGAGGGUGGUGCCCUCGACUGGGCUGCGGAUGCCGCACCUGGCACGAGCGACUGGGCAGCCGAGCCUGCCCAAACUGGUGGUUGGGGCGCGGAGCCUACCACCAGCGGCUGGGAGUAGAGGAUGUACGACUUAUGGCUCAUCGACAUGUUCUUUCUUACAUGCAAAAUAUGCUAUUAUGAGCUACGCGCGACUUUUGCUAUUUC